AUGCAAUUUCGAGGUGCUCUCGCCAAUGACGACGAACUCGAUCAAUUAACUCUCACAGCAUUGAUGAACAUCAUUUGGAGUAUUUCAUUUCAUGAUGAUUAUGUUGAUGAACUCAAAUCGAAUGCGAAGUUUCUAAUCACUAUCAAAAGUCUCGUCAAUGAUGAUGGAGAAGCUUGGGUCGAACAAUAUGUACCGAAACAUAUGUCAUCGGUGAAAAAAGCAGCCACUGGUAUUUUGUGGAAUCUCGAUGAAAAUAAUCCAGCAAGAACAAUUCGCGUAGUGGAACCAUUGCCAACUGUGGUCGUUCAGACAAAUCGUCCUUCAACAGCUACAGUGAAAAACAAACGAAUGCGCGUCAUGGUUAGCUAUUCGCAUGCGGAUACUGACUUUUGCCAUCAGUUGGUAGACGCAUUGGAAAAAGGUAUGUUCCAGGAUUGCCAUGUAAACUCCAUUUUGGGGUACACCUAUUCUACUUCAUUAGAUCACUUUUUCUUUCUGCAUCAAAUACAAAAAACUAUAUGUCAGUCAAAAACAACAAAAAAUUUGAUAUUCUAGUUAUAGAAGUUUCUAUAUAACUAUACACCGAAAAAAAUGAUGCAAUGUAGAGCUUAAAGGGAGUUUCGCGCGCACUGCGAAACUUUAAAAAGAUUUCGAAUUCUUUGUUUUAGUGUAUAAAUUAUCAAUAAUAUUAUCGUAUUAUUGUUUAAGAAAUUGAAGGGAAUUUGAUUCUUUACACAGAGCGGUGUUAUUAUUCUCUAUUUUUCUUCACAUGGUAUCAAUCGCUUCUGCUGAUUUGUUGACUAAAAGAUGUAGCAUGAAAUGCUCUACAAAACGGUAUAUAUAUAUAUAUAUAUAUAUAUUACCUAACGUAAAUAAAUUUUUUUAUCUCAUGACCGGUUGUAGAAGCUUUUUGAAAAACAAGCACUGUUUUCUGAAAGCUUUUGAUUCGAAUAUUUUUGUAUUACCUUGGCCUCUUUGGUCAGUAACUCUAGUCGAUUGUUUGUGUCAAGUCAUUUCCAACAGAGUCAAUGAGAUUGUCUAACUGAUCAACUGCCUUCGAAUAUCAAUGACGGAGGCGGAAAACUAUGGUGACGUCAAUUCAAAGUCGACUUUAGAACGUAAUUUGAAAUUUUAUAUUACUGAUAAGCUCAAUCAUCUCCAACAGAAUAUUAUUAACUUGAUAAAUCAACUGAAAAAAGAUGCUUCACUGAAAUUUUAUUGAAUAUUGUAUAAAUAAAAUUAACGUUUAGCUGACAGUUGAAAUUCGACUUCCACUUGACGUCGCCAUAGUUUUUCAUCGCCGUCAUUGGAACUCAAAGAUAAUUAGCCAACAAAACAGAGCAGUCAUCCUAUUCCGCGAUGUUCAACAUCGUGCAAUCGAU